AUGUAUCUGUUUCUGCUUUUUGGGAUCGUUAGCGCGACAGAACUUACUUUUGAGCUGGAGCAAAGGUCAAUACAGUGUUUCAUGGAAGAUAUCCCUAAAGGAGAACAAAGUGUGCUUGAAUUUCAAGUCGUUACAGGUGGCAAAUUAGAUAUCGAUGUUGAACUGGUGGAUUCCGAAGACAACGUAGUCUAUGAGAAAAAGAGAACUUCAUAUGAUCAAGCGCCAUUCACCGCCACGAUAGGAGGAAUUUACAAAGCAUGUUUUAGCAACAAGUUCUCUUCAAUCUCGCACAAGGUCGUGUAUUUGGACUGGGCUGUUGGAGAUCAGCAAGAGUACGAACGACACGAUUUGCCAAUCGACGAAGAAGGGCCCCUUUCGAAGGCGGAUAUCUCAGCUGAAAUGGUCCACUCGAACAUGCGAAAAGUCAGGGACUUCCAGACCCAUCAUCGACUUCGAGAAGCUUCCGGUCGCAGUUUUGCCGAGCAGCUUUAUACAAAGAUUCACUUUUGGGGCUUCUUGCAAUCAGUAAUCAUGGUCUUGGUUUCGCUCAGCCACGUCGUCAUUCUUCGCAGUUUCUUCCAAGACCGCCCUAGUCAAAAAUACGGCCGAGUGAGGACAUAG